GGCUGAGAGCGUGACUCGCCCGCUCCGGCGCUGCCUCUGCCUUCGCCGCCGCCGCUCGCGCAGCCAUGUCCGAGGAGAAGCCCAAGUAAUUGCAAGAUGGUUCCGCUGUUGCCGCCUCCCCGGCCCCUUCCUGCUGCCCCUGGAUGUCUCGGAGCAGCGCUGCCUCCCUGGGCCUGGGGAGGAGGAAGGACAAGGAGGGAGUGAAGACAGAGAACGACCACAUCAACCUGAAGGUGGCCGGGCAGGACGGCUCUGUCGUCCAGUUCAAAAUCAAGAGACACACGCCACUGAGCAAGCUGAUGAAGGCCUACUGUGAGCGACAGGGCUUGUCCAUGAGACAGAUUAGAUUCCGGUUUGACGGGCAGCCAAUUAACGAAACAGACACCCCAGCACAGCUGGAGAUGGAGGAUGAAGACACGAUCGACGUGUUCCAGCAGCAGACGGGCGGCACGCGGGCGGCCAGACGCCUCUCAGGAUGCGGCGUCUAGGGGGACCGUCCCACGCCCGCGUCACCUGUCCUUGCAUUUGAGAUCCAGUAGUGAACACGCCAACACAGAAGAGUCUGCGGAAACUCGAGGACCGUCACCAGAUCACUUUCCUCUUUCUUUGACGUCCUGGGGUGCAACUCACACUAUCUCUGCAGGGAUUAACCCACAGCUGAGAUUGGGCCAAUACAGAUCGCCGUCUGUGUUUAGCUAAAAUGAGUGGCGAGGUUUUUUGGGUCUGUUUUUUCCCCCUGCUGUAACACUUCUCCUCCAAGCCUUGUGACCUAACUGUCCAUUUUCAGUGUGCAGAUAGAGACCUUGCCCCCCGGGUGUGGUGACCCCCGUCCCCCCACUGCUUCAUCCAAUCAUGUAGAUAGCUCAUGGGCACAGCAGUGGGUGCUAUUCCUGGACACAGCUUUGGGGGGCCCGGUGGGGGUGAAAGACAAAAUUUCACUUGGUGUUUGUUGUAGGCGCAGGUUAUUAAGUUUUAGCUAAUUACUGCAAAUUUAAACUCUGGCAGAAGAUGGUAAAGUCGAAGGGGAAAUCCUGGGAAGCCUCUUAAGAGGGAGGCAGAGAAGUCUUUCACGAGUCUGGCCCCACGGUCCCUGCCCCUCAAGUCUGUCCCCAUGGGGCUCUGUGGCCCGGGGUCCCCAUUGCUCAGUACCUGUUGAUUAGUGCAGCAGGCAACAACUGCAAAACUCAAUUGGCUUCUCCCCUUUUCUCGUAAAGGAGAAAAUAAUUACCGCAGCUCCCAUUUGCUAAUAGUACUGUGGCCUCAGAUGUCUUCUAGUGUUUGCUUCUGAUGAAUAAUGAUGGUCUCUAUGUAAGAAAGCAAGACGAAGUAUCGCGGAAUCCGCAGUUCUCUCGUGUACAAGAGCGACUCCGAAGUGUGGUGAUGGAUGAAACCCAUGGAAAGAUCACUUCCUGUUAUUCUCACGGAGGUUUGCUCCACUGCUUCCCAAAUAUGUAUCGAAUUUCUGCAUUAGUGUGGUGAUUUCAGUUCUGUGAACUCUUCGGGAUUUAUACCAAUUAAAAAGUCUCAUCGUUCUGCCUGUUGCUCGUCAAUGAGGGUUUAUCGCUGCUUGACGGCCAUUCUCUGCUUUCUGUAGUCACCUGGUGGUGUGACAAAUGACCCGUCAUCUCCUGCUUGUUUGAAAUCUUGCUGACAGUGUUCUUGUUUUCUUUGCAGUUUGCUGUGUGGGUCGGGUGGGAUGUUUGUUGGCUCCGUUGUGUUUAUUCACCAAUUUGUACAUUAUUUGUUGUCCUUUACUACUGUAAACAGUAAAUAUAGUUUGGUAUUCUGUCUCUUGGCUUCUGUUAAACACUGCCUCUGAAGGCUGGGGACGCGUCCGUCACAAUUCAGUAUCUGU